AUGAAAUCGGCGAUCGUUUUGACGAUCCUGCUCGUUGCAGGAACUGUAACGGCUGCUUCUCCGCAGUACUUUCAAUGUUCCGGCAAUGAGGUCCUGCAACCAACACCGCCGUGCUGCGAGCCAACCUGUGACUGUGAUUGCUCGAAUGUUGUCUGUAACAAGCUGCUAGUGUACCAGCCGACUUGCGUGUGCGCUAGCGGAUACGUUCGCCUCAAUGGAGAGUGUGUACCGCAAUCCUGUUGUCCGACCACUCCCCCGCCUUGUGAAACUACUACUCCCGUAUACCCGCCAUCGCCGUCGUGCGGCUGUGGACAAUAUCCUUGCAGCUGCGGUAAACCUCCUCAGCCGUACUACCCUGCCCCCUGCGAAACUACUCCUGCUCCCUGCGGCCGGCCUGCUCAGCCUUACUAUCCUGUCCCCUGCGAAACCACUCCGGCGCCAUGUGAGACCACAACGCCACCCUGCGAGACCACUACGCCACCUUGCGAGACCACAACGCCACCCUGUGAAACACCCGCGCCCCCGACCUGUGCCCCGUGUGAGGAGCUAGUCUACACGAAGCAAUGCUGCGAGCCGACGUGCGAUAACAACUGCUCGGGCGUUUCCUGUCCCCUGCUUCUGGUGGAGGAACCAACGUGCGCGUGCCGAUCCGGUCUUGUGCGCUACCAGGGUCACUGUGUCGAGCCAUCGGCCUGCCCGCGGUCUGCUUCCCGCUACCGACUGUACGUUCCCAAAACGGCAUCGUGCGCUUGUAACCGUGAAGUGCUCCUGCUAGGAGGCGGUUGUUAAGUAAUCCGUAUUACUACAACUAAGCCAAA